CGGUAUGUUUAACUAAUGCUCUCCCAUGUCUACUCUCAGGUUUCUGUCUUGGAGAYCCGUUUGGACGAGGUCCAGUCCCAAAACUCUCUGCUGGAGACAAAAUACGUGACAGCGAAGGAGGAGCUGCUGGAGCGGAGCUGCGAGAUAACCCGUCUGGAGGAGGACGCCGUCAGACGSCAGCAGCUAGAGGAGAGCGUCUCCGCCUUGGAGGCCAAACUGAGUCAGGUCACUGAGGAAAGCUCAAAGGCAGAGACCGAGCUGAGGCAGAUCAUUCAGGAGAAAGAGACCCGUUUGGAUCAGCUAAACGAGGAGAAAAACGGCCUCCAGGCUUUCUUAACGCUGCUGAUGGAUGAGCAGAAACGAGCUGAAACUGAAAUCACUCGGGUGAAAGCGGGGAAGGAGGAGCUGGAGGAGAGAAUGAGCGACCUGUUGAAGGAGAUUCAGCAGCUCCAUGCUGAUGUUGGAGAGUUAUCUGAGCAGAAGCAGGAGGCGGAGGCAAUGAUCGAUGGGAUGGCUGCAGAAACACAACAGACGGAGUCCGCGCUCCGUCAGGUCUCGGAGGAGAAAGCCCAGCUGGACGUCGCUCUGCGUUCAGUCAGCGAGGAAAAAGUUGAGCUGCAGGAGAGGYUUUCUGCUUUAACCUCUGAGAACGGGGAGCUGGUCUGCAAAGUGCAGCAGGURGAGGAGGAGAAACUCCAGCUGGAGUCRAAGUUUAGUCAAAUCUCUGAGGAAAACGUCCAGCUGCAGUCGGAGACGAACCGUCUGACUGCAGAGAAGCAGCAGCUGCAAACCAGCGCAGAGAGGCUGCAGGAGGAGAUGGCGUCUCUGCGGGAGGAGAGCGAGCGUGUCCAGCGCUCGCUGCUGUCCGCUGAGGAGGAGCGGCAGAUGCUGCAGGAGAAGCUCGACSCGAGGGACGAGACCAACCACACGGAGAGCAGAGAGCGGAACCAGCAGUUUGAGGUGGAGCAGGCUGCACUGCACCAGAAGCUGUCCGUCCUCCAGAUGGAGCUGGCUGUGCUGCAGCAGCAGUGCGACCUGCUGCUGCAGCAAGUGGACCAGCAGCAGCGCAUCAUUCAGCAGCUCACAAAACCACAGAAAUACCAGAAUMCAGAUGAAACCAUCCCCCACCUGGAACCCAAAGACCCUGAGGAUGGAGCAGAGGCAGCUGAACCGACCGAACCAAACCCAGAACUCGAUGCGAGCGUCGGUACCGGCGCAGAGUCAGAUCCACUGAACCAACAGGAAGAGGCGUCUGCGAAGAUCCCAKAUCAGGCUGUGAGAGAGGCAGAGCUGAUCGCUGGGGAGGACGGCGCUGAUCAGGAGAUGAUCAGUGAGGAGGAGGCUCAUAAACAUGAUGCUCAGGAAAUCCAACUUCACCAACAGGUUUCUGAGGAGAGCUGCAGCAGUAGUGGAGAAAAUGAGAACUAUGAUGCAUCUUCCUCCCAACAUGAGAUAAGAGGUGAGGUGGAGGAAGAGAAGAAAGAGCUGAACGAGAAACUGACUGAGCUGUCCGCCGCUCUGGACACUCUGAGAUCUGAGAGAGCCCAUUUAGAGAGAGAGCURGACAUGAAAAAUGUAGAGAUCGAGGAGCUGAAGGCAGCUAAGGACAAACUGGAACAGGGUUUGGAGAAAGCAGAGGUGGACAGAAGAGAAGAAGAAGACAGACGGASACAAAGACUAGAGGAGCUGGAGAAAUGGACGAGAGAGGAAGCGGAGAGACAAAGUGUGCGAGUCGGAGACCUUCAGGGCCAGCUGACCGAGUCGGAAAGGGAAAACAACGACCUCAGGACAACUAUUGAGUCUUUAGGGGAAGAAAUAAAGGAUCUUAAGACACUUGAUCAAGCUAAAGAGGAAGAAAUCCUCACUUUGGAGAAGGAGAAAGAGAAUAAGGCAGAAUCCAUCUCAUCAAUCGCAGCAGAGAAGAAACGAUUAGAGGAAAGAAAUGAACAGCUAGAACAGGAGAGAGAYGAGCUUCAGUCUGCUCUGGUGUCUGUGAACCUAGAGAAAGCAGAGGCAGAUCAGGAGAAGACAGAGUUAGAAGAGGAGAGGGUAAAGCUUCAGUCCAAGAUCUCAUUGGUAGAAACGGAGAAACAGAGCCUCCAACAAACCGUCUCCUCGCUGGAGCAGGAAAAGCUGAGAUUAGAGGCAGAAACUGAGGAGUUACAAUCCUCUCUGUUGAUGAUGGAAGAGGAGAAGAACAACCUGACUUCAGCUCUUUCUCUGCUGGAGGAAGAGAAGCAGCAGGCAACAGAGGAGAAAGAGAGGCUCACCCAGGAACGUGAGGCUCUCCAGAAAACAGUCGCCUCCAUGGAAGAAGAACUGGAGACACGCAAACGAUCCAUGACCCAGUUCAGUGAGCAGGUUUCUGGAUUAACAUCCAGCUUGGCUCGUCUGACGAAAGAGAGAGACUCUGCUCUGAGCAAAAUGACCCUCUGGAUGAAGACCUGCAAACAGCUGGAGCAGGAGAAGCAGAACAUCCUAAGCAGCUCAGAAGGAGGAAGAAGCGGUGAGGAGUUGCAGGCUGAAGCGACCCAGCUGAGGUCGGAGGCAGAGGUCAGGAGGAAAGAAGUGGAAGAACUGAAAACCGCCCUGGAGAAAAAAACGGCAGAGGCUGAGGAAAGACRACAAGAACUGAAGCAGAAGGAGGGAGAGGUGAAGGAGCGAGCGGCUGCUCUGGAGGGAGUGAGAGCGGAGAAGGAAAGAGAGCUGGAGGAGAUCAGGAAGGAGCUGGAUGAGGUUAACGCGCUUCUGGAGGAGAAGAGCACCGAGGCCGACGAGAGCAUGGAGAAAUACUGCAGCCUGAUGGUUAAAGUCCACAAGCUGGAGGAGAGCAACGACGCGCUGAAGACCCGACUGGAGCAGCUCGCUGCCAGCCAGCCCGCGAAUGAAGCCAAGGCCCCUCCUGAAACCCGCCGGCGCUCAGCGAGGAAGUCUUCCUCCAGACACCAGGGAGAAAAAAUCAGUGAAAGCACGGAGAAUGUGGUUCCCACGACAACGCCGAGCUCCCCGCAGGGAUCGUCUCCGGGGAAACGGAGUCAUAAGGAAAUCGGCGACAGAGACGGCGCCCAGGAGGCUYUGCACAACCUGACSAAGAAACUGAAAGCCAACACCGCGACGCCCAGAGGAAGAGGAGAACAGGACGACGAAGAGUUCAGGCCAGAGGGUCUGCCUGACCUGGUGCAGAAAGGGUUUGCUGAUAUCCCCCUGGGGGAGGCCAGUCCGUACAUCAUCCGGAGGACCACCGGGAGGCGCUGCAGUCCUCGGCUGGCUGCCAGGCAGACUCAGCCAGACCUCAAGGUUUUGGUUCCCGUCCACCUGCAGAGUCCCUCUGGUUCGUCAGCGGACGGCUCUGACGGGACGCGGCAGCCUCUGCGUGGCGAACAGAAAGCUUGGCUGAAUGUCCAUCAGGACGCAGAGCAGAGAGAGAAACACGUUUUAGUGGAGCAAACAAAGCAAGCAGAAAACUGCCAUGUUCAGUAGAUCACUGCACACACAGAGAGAAACUCACCACGACACGCAUGUUCGCUUGAUCACAAGGUUAAAAUUUCACCUAAUGGUAUGUAGGGUCUAAAAUGUUCACUUUUUUUUUUUUAUUUGAGGAGAAAACACUUGUAUAUYUUUUUCUUGGACUGAAACAGAAGCAUGACCUGCUCUGUUUAUUCUGCAUAUUAUAGCUCAGCGUCAUCAGGAAGAAAUGAAAAUAUGUUGUUUUUUUUCUUCCUAGCAUUUGCUUUUUGUUUAGUUUAUUUUUUUACUACAUUUUUUAAAACACUUUUACGCAUCUUUAAAUUAGCCAGAUGUUGCUGUAGUUUGUCAUUUUUCUGCCUUUAUUUUACUAUCGCUCUCCUGCUGUAAGAAAUGCCUUUUAGCCAAUUUUGUUUUCUGUAAAUGACGGCAGCUGACUUUUCUUACAUUUCCGUCUUUUUCUGCUUUAUAUUGAUGUCUAACUUUUCUUUAAUAAACCCAUUUUUACUAUUUGUG